AUGGGCGUUCCAGAACCCGAGAAACGGAUCGCACUGCACUUCCCACCCACAGCGCCAACAGGCAGAAUCUACGACGCCGUAACAGCACUCCGACUUCCCUUCUUCGUGCGCUCCACAGAGGAGCUGGUUUGCACGCUUACUUUGCAUUCGUACCCAUCGAGUCUACCAGAGAGACCAGGUAGAUUGGUCCUGCUCCCAGGCGGCUUGCCGGACCAGGUUGGGAGGUUGACAGCGGCGAUCUUGCCAUUGGAGAGGGUCAGAAAGGUUGUGAUCGUGUGCACGUAUCGCGGGUGGCCUGUACCAUGGCAUUCUGACCUUGACCUCGAGGAUUAUCAUUACCUGCUGCAAUGGGAAGCGGAGAGCUGGGGUAGACUGCUGAAUGCCAUCCUCGAACGAGGUUGCGAGUCGCUGGAGGUCCAGGCGUCGAAUAACGAGGCGUCCUACUUCACCUCGUUCUAUUCAUCGCCAUUCAGUUGGUUGUACUCGACUACGGCAACUCGCGUUCGGAGUGCGCUGGGCCAUCUCAAGCUGCUGAAACAGGACGAUCCGGACUCGAUGGCCAGCGUGCUCGGCAAGUAUGGGCGAUACAGGUACAAGCCAAGACUCAGCAAUUGCGAGACUUCCCCUCUUUUUCAGUUCGAGCCAGUCAACCGGAAGCCAGUUGCCCUCUCCCUCAUAUCUGAGGGAGCGCGGAAGAACACAAAGCUGCGGCAUCUUACCAUGGGUUCGACCACCUCUCAUAUCGUCAACCAUCCCAGUUUGCUCCACCCUCCACUCGUUCAGUGGACCUACUCCGCCUUAUUGGCGUCGUCAAUCCAAAGCCUCUCGAUAGCCAAUCUCAACAUAUGGUAUCUCCUGUUCGAUGCAUCACUCUAUCUCCUCGCCCAAUCGACAGCGCAGAACCUCCAGAAGCUGGAACUAGGCGUGGUGUCUGCAAGAGGGAACCUAGAGAACCUAACCAGGUGGUUAAACUCGUUUCAGAAUUUGACCACCUUGACUAUCCACCAAUUAAUGGUCCCACGAUUGCAAGACGUGGAUGAAACGAAACAUGCCUGUCCGACACUCCCCCGCCUCCUCGAACUCAGUGUUCCUGACUUGUGGUUCAAACACACUUUCUACACCCAUGGCCACUCCCACCACUUCCCCAAGCUCGAGCGGCUGACAGUUGUGCUUCGCCCACAUUACGAGGGAAGCAUGUCGUCGACGGAAGACACGCUUUGGGGUGAACUGGAUGGUCUCCUUGUUCCCAAGAGCACCUUGCCAUUCCCCAUCACGUUGAAGGUAUACACGCCGGUGCUUUCGUUACAGUGGUUGAGGCGAUGUCAGCAGGCGAUGGGGGACUGGGGUGGACGUAUUGCGAGCCUCGUGAUAGUUGUAGACAAGGGAUUAAUGAGUGAGUACGGCGGCUGGAUUAAAUCCACCUAUGUGGCCGAAGCGUUUCAGAAUUGGGUGAAAGGCUUGGUGAAUCUUCGUUCCGUGCAUAUCGUGACGGAGCAAGAGGAACUAGGGUUCAUGACGGAAGCACUGGUGGGCUGGGUGAAGCAGACUGUGGGCGAGAGGUUGGAUCAAUUCAUAGUCGACGGUGUAGCGAAGAAGUAG